AUGGUCCGCAGCGUGCGGUGCAGGCUGCACGAGCAGCAGCGCGCGUGUGGCAGCAGGGCGCGCGGAGAGCGUGAGGUAGCAGGGCGGGGGGUGCGCAGGGCAGCAGGGCGCGAGGGGUGCGCCGGGCAGCAGGGCGUGCAGGGCACAGGGCAGCAGGGCGCGCGGGGCACGCGGGGCAGCAGGGUGCGCGGGGCUCGCGGAGCAGAAGGGCGCGCGGGGCGCGGGGCAGCAUGGCGCGUGGGGCGCGCAGGGCAGCAGGGCGCGCGGGGCGCGUGGGGCAGCAGGGCCCGCGGGGCGAGCACGGGGCACGCGCGGCGCGCACGGCAGCAGGGCGCGCGCGACGCGUGGGGCAGCAGGGCGCGCGGGGCGCGCAGGGCAGCAGGGCGCGCGGGGCUCGCGAGGCAGCAGGGCACGCGGGGCGCGGGGCAGCAGGGCGCGCGAGGCGCGCAGGGCAGUAGGGCGCGCUCGACGCGAGGGGCAGCAGGGCAGUGGCGCGCGACGCGCGGGGCAGCGGGGCAGUGGCACGCGGCGCGCAGGGCAGUGGGGCAUUCGUCGUAA